AUCUCAGCCACGCUAUCUUCCAAAGAAAAGUUUGAAUGUCUUUUUUGAAUCCUGACUUUCACAAUUUCCUCCCUCCUUUGCUGUCAAUUAAUUGGGCCAAGUCCAACAUAGUGUUCUGUUCUACUCCCAGGAAGGUGUGCGUUUCAAAGAAGGUGUGCGUUUAUAGAAUACAUUAACCCAUAUAUAAUCUUCCAACAGAUUGUCACAGAGCAUCAUAACAACAAACAACAAAUCAAACAUGGAAGACAUGUUGCCAUUCUCAUCCCUCUCUCUUCUUCUCCUCCUCCUUGCAGUAGCUUUCAAGUUCUUGCUUCAAACAAGAACAAAACACAAAAACCUCCCACCAAGCCCACCUUCUCUACCAAUUCUAGGCCAUCUCCAUCUCAUUAAGAAACCCCUCCAUCGUACUUUCCAUCACUUUUCACAAAAAUAUGGUAACAUCUUCUCUUUGCAAUUUGGGUCUCAACUCGUGGUCAUUGUAUCAUCUCCAUCUGCAGUUGAAGAAUGCUUUACCAAAAACGACAUCGUUUUAGCCAACCGUCCUCGCUUAUUAUCGAGCAAGCACAUAGGCUACAACCACACCACCAUGACAGCAGCUUCUUAUGGAGACCAUUGGCGCAACCUUCGCCGCAUCAGUGCCUUAGAAAUCUUCUCAACAAAUCGUCUCAACAUGUUUCUAGGCAUCCGAAGAGAUGAAGUGAAGCACUUGCUACGCAAACUGUCACGCAACUCGUGCCAAGGUUUUGCUAAGGUAGAGUUGAAAUCUAUGUUGUUGGAGCUGACAUUUAACAUCAUAAUGAGAAUGGUGGCAGGGAAGAGAUACUAUGGGGAGGACGUGAAAGACGAGGAAGAAGCAAGGCAAUUCAAGGGGAUAAUGAAAGAGAUAGUAGAGGCAGGAGGAGCCUCAAAUGCACAAGAGCUUGUGCCCUUGUUGCAGUGGAUUGAUCAUGGGCGUUUGGAGAAAAGAUUGAAGAAACUGGCCAACAAGACAGAUGCUUUCUUGCAAGGUCUUAUUGAUGAGAAGAGGAGUAAGGAAGAGAAAGGGAACACUAUGAUUGAUCAUCUGCUUUCUUUGCAAAAAUCACAUCCCGAAUACUACACGGAUCAAAUUAUCAAAGGGCUUAUUCUGGUCUUGUUAAUUGCGGGGACUGACACAUCAGCAGGGACGUUAGAGUGGGCAAUGUCCAAUUUGCUCAAUCAUUCGGAGGUGUUGAAGAAGGCUAGAAUUGAGUUGGAUAAUCAAAUUGGACAAGAAAAAUUACUUAAUGAACUGGAUGUCUCUAAAUUGCACUAUCUACAGAAUAUAAUCUCGGAGACUCUUAGAUUGCAUCCUGCAGCCCCAUUACUUUUACCCCACAUGUCCUCUGAAGAUUGUACAAUUGGAGGAUAUAAUGUUCCGCGUGAGACAAUGUUAUUGGUUAAUGUAUGGGCCAUACAUAGGGACCCCAAUAUAUGGCAUGAUGCAACUAGUUUUAAGCCUGAGAGGUUUGAAAAUGGAGAGAGUGACGAGAACAAGUUAAUGCCAUUUGGACUGGGAAGGAGGGCUUGUCCCGGGGCAAGCCUUGCCCAACGUACAAUGUGCUUGACAUUGGGGUCAUUAAUUCAAUGUUUUGAGUGGGAAAGGAUUAGUGAGGAAGAAGUUGACAUGGUUGAAGGUAACGGGCUCACCAUGCCCAAGGCUGUGGCGUUGGAGGCCAUGUGCAAAGCACGCCCAAUUAUAACUAAGGUUCUUUCUAUGUCUGAGGAUGAGUUUUGAGCAAUGUUUUUGAGGUUUGCAAGAAUAGCUUAGCUAUAUUUGCGAAGAUUAAUUUUAUAUUUUUUUUCUUUUUUGAGAAAGAAGAUUAAUUUAAUAUUAGUUACUUAGUAAAUGCUAUUGUGAUAAGUACAUUGUUAGUAUUUAUAUUGUAUUAUUGUAUUUGUACC